AUGGGCUGCUGCUACCUGGGGAUGCGGGAGCCAGCGCGAGCUGCGCGUUGCUUCCUGGACGCCGCCCGGACCUACGCGGCGGCUGCGAGUCCCGAAGCUGCCGCGGUGGCUCUGAGCAGGGCGAGUGGCUCCAUGCUGCAGAGCCGACGGUUCAGGGCAGCGGAGAUCACAGGGGUCCUCGCCCAGUGCCGCUCGCUCUGUGAGAGCAUCCCCGACCCAGCCCUGCGAGGGAAACUCUACAACGACAUCGGCCUCGGCUACUCCCAGCUCCACAUCUUCUCCCUGGCUGCCGAGAGCUUCGAGCAGGCCCUUGCCCUCUGCGGCGGUGAGCCAGACCGGCGCAGGGAGGCCGCGCUGCUGCAGAACCUGGGUGCUGCCCACAAUGCCCUCCGCAGCUUCGGCACGGCCCUGGGCUGGCACCGGCGAGCGGCGGCGCUGCACAGCGCUCUAGGGAACCGGAGGGCGCAGGGGCAGUGCUUCAGUAACCUGGCGUACGCCUGCAGCCGGCUCGGGAGCCACGAGGCUGCCGCAGAGAACUACCUGCACGCCUUGCAAGCCUUCCGGGACUCGGGGGACAUGCAGGGGCAGUGGCAAGCGCGCGAGGGGCUGGGAGCAGCCUGCUUCCACCUGGGAGACCCCCAGAAAGCCGUCGGGCACUACAAGGAGGCCCUGACUUUGCUUUCCCACUGCCAGGACAUCCCCAGAGCUGCUCGCGAGCGGGUCGUGCACAAGCUCACCAACGCCAUCCAGCACCAGCUCUGCCUCCACGGCCGCCUCUCCCGUGGGGGUGGCUGGGUGCCCGCCCCAGCCCCGGACCCCAGCCAGCUGCGGUUUUGCUCCACGCCGCCCCACGCCAGCGGGACACGGCCGCGGGGGAGCAAGGUGUCCUUCGGGGGGAAAGCCCAGGCUGGGGACAAGCAGUACGCGUCUGUGCUGGGAGAACGUCCUGGGCGUUCAGGCGCAGGAGCAGCCCUGGCUGACAGCCCCGCACCGGAGCCCCACGACCCACGCGGCCGCCUGGACACCUCUGGGGAGGAUGAGGAUGGUCCCAGCACAGCUCCAAGGUGUUGCAGUCAGCCCCACGCUAAUAGUAACCCGAACACCACCCGCCCAUGCCCGGCCCUGCCACGCCACGGCGGCCUCCGGCCAGGGCAUCGUGACCACCAAACCCUUGGGCUGAGGACCCUGGAGUGGGCUUGGGACCCCCCCGCUCCUUGCAACGCCCACGUCCCCAAGCCCAAAACCACAGGGGCUUGGGAUUUUGGCACCUCGUAGCCAACCCCAAACCCCGGCCCGAG